UAUGUGUUGCGUUUCGAAAUUACUUUUUAUUUCAAACACUAGUUUUUUAGUAAUUAAAAUUGCGCCUCACUUUUGCAUAACUAAACAUUUUUGAUCAGAUAUCUUAGCAAAAUAUAUGUUUGUUUUUUGUGUGUUUGUGUGGUUAUUGUUGUUCUCACUGACGUUGUGUUGUGUCUGUGUAUAAGCCACUUUAAAGAAAAAUAUAUAAAUUGUAUACCCCGGGUACGUAUACUGCACAAUCAGCAUGAAUCCUUUUCCUAAAAAAGUAGUUAUCACUUAUAAAUAAAUAUGCAACUGAUAAAUCAAAGAUAAAAUGCUGACAAUGUCCACAUACGUAUUCAAUACGACUUAAUUUAAUACAACAAUAAUGUGUUGAAAUUUUUACAGACAUAAGUGUUUAUAAACGUGUUGUCAUAAAACACAUUGAUGAAUGUUAUUUGCAUCCUGGUGAACCAAUAUUUCAAGAUAAUCAUUGAUGAUCUUACUCAUACAUAAUAUGGGAUUUCAAAUUUAUUUGCAAACAGAACUGACGUUAUGAGAUGCCAGUUUACGACAGGUAAGUUUGACCAAUCUUUUAAAUUAAUGAAAUUGAGAAAUGUAAAAUAAAGAAACACGAUUCUUGGGGAGGUGUUUUUAUGACUAAUAACAGAGGAGCUCAAUGGCCUCAUCAUUAACCACAUAGAAAAAAUGUAAUAGCAGAUGUAAGAGAAAUGAAAGAAACAGAUGACAACCGGUCAACAUUAUCAAUCAAAGAGCUGUGGAGUAAUGAGCUAGAAGAGAAAGUCCCUCUGAAAUUGAAGAGACAAAACUUUUUCUUACCUAAUUACUUGCGAUGUUUCUGGCAAUUAUAAGUGUAAUUAGAUUGUAAUAGGUAAGUGUCAUUUAUUUCAGUUUUAUACCUACUUUAAAUAUGCUGAUUGUUGCCUGCAAGACGUCAGUUAUAAAGCAAACCUCAUUAUCAUUUUCAUGGCGAGAUAAUACAAACUCUUUUCAGAAAAUAAUACCUUUGACCUCAAGAAAAACUACUGUAUGGAAAUCAGACGUUUCAAUGGAAUCCUUAUAAACAUGAGCUUGACCAACGGAAGCAACAGCUUUAGUCCAAACUCCACUUCAUUUAUAAAUAAUAAAUCUCGAUCUGUGCCACAAGUGGUAUUCUUUUGUUUUAUUUAUCUAAUAGUAGCUUUACACAGAUCGCUAUUUAGUAUGUAGUACUUCCUCUUGUUUGCACACAGAAAUGCUUACAAAGCAAAAACCUAUCAGUACUGCUUAGAUAUGUAGAUCAUCUUCUUCUAGCAGGACUUAUAGUCUUUCAAAAUGUAAGUUACAUGAGUCAUAGGCCUGCAUCACCUUGUAGCACACCUAGUUGUCACAAGGAGUAUGGAUGGUAGAGAACAAUAAAGUGUACAGGCUGAAGAUAAAACAGUGAUACCAAAUAAUGGUAAAACUACUGUCCUGGACAUAAAGAGAAAUGUUUUAUCCAGACAGUGAUGUUGGAUUGUUUGCAGAGGCAACAGCGCACCAUCACCUCAUUUGUGACAACUUUUCUCUUUUGCAGGUUGAGGACGAGAUGCAGCAGCUGAUGUCCUGUUCGUGUUUUUUCUGCAACACCACACGUAGAAAUUAUGUUAAUUGUAGGAUUUGUUCUGAAGCAGAUACAGCAGACGACACUUCUUGGGACAAGGCAACCUUUUCGAUCGUCACCGUGGCCGUUAUUGUUGGUGCCGGGUUCGUCCUCUCUGUAAUCUUCAGAAACAAAAUUAUUACAGCCUGGAGGCGAAACGACAAAUCUUCUAGAUGCGCCAACAACUCAUGCACAGACAAAAUAGAAGUGAUUCCAGAACGUCUCCAUCACACUCUGGCUAAUGACACAGAAACUAGUUCCUCGACGAGUCGCCUUUCAAGUGCUCGAACAGAAGUCAGGGAAGACUACCGACCUCUGCAGAAGUCAGUAAUAAGGAAUAACCCCUUCACAACAACCCAGUGUUUACAGAUACAACCUUACAUUCAUAGAGUUUUUGAAGAGGAGGGUGAAUGUGAGGUAUACACUGAAAUCAUUGACGACGACAUGGAGUGUGAUCCGAGACCUCAGGCACGCCUUGAAUGUGAUGUCAUGUCGCCUUUUUUAAAGAUGGAAGGUGGUCAAGAGGUAAAUGAUGAUGACUACAAUAGGCUUGAUCAUCAGAGUAACAGAAAUAAACCCACAGACUGUGUGUCAGCUGAUGAAGAGAACUGUCGACUUCUCUGCUGUCCUGAUCGUCUGACUGAAGCACAGCUGUGUGAUGAAUAUGAAGUUGCAAAACCUGUAACAGAUGCUCAUGUCAACUCCAACAAAUUUGCCAAUGACAACUCUCUCCCUGACAAUACUUUCGAUGCCCACACUGAACACGAAAUUACUCCUAGCACUCCUCGUAGUACCUCCCUUGACUACUCCUCCGAUGAACACACUCUGCAUGACAGUCCUCUAGAGAACAAAAUUCCUCAACACCAAACUUCCAAUGAACAUCCUUUUUCUGACCAUGUGUCUAACAACAACCUUCUCCAUGACAACACUCCUACAGAGAGAAUUCCCCGUGACAACCCUUCCCCUUACGACACACUCACGACAUUAAGCCCCCAGGAAACUGUUUAAGACAACAUUCUGGUGGAUAAACUGAUGGAGGAGGUCGACUGUGUCCAGUCUUGUCAAGAGAAUACUUCAACAGUCAACUGAUGCUGAUAAGGGAAUAAGGGCGACAACAGCAAUGGACCAUCAGCUCAGUCUCAAUCUGUCUGCCUUGGGAAAUAACUUGGGAUGACACUAAAGAACAGGGACAUCCCUCUUUAAGUCGAUGAAAAUGACAAAAACAGUCGUCGUGCUACUUCUGGUGGGGAAAAAUGACCUUUUCAAAAAUGUCCAAAACACCGCGGGUUAUUAAGCGGAAGUGACGAUUGCGACAGUGUAGACCUCACAUAAUCCGAUUUCCUGUGCACAUUUCCACAGCCGAUUAAGAAAUCUCAAUUAGACCAUUUCAAUUUACAGUGCAAAAUAAAAAUUAAUAUUAACAGACUUGAAAUGCCCCCUGAAGUGAUUAAAAAAGGAAAUGGAGUUUAUAUGUAUAAGGGUUGUACAUUUUUAGCAGCCUAAUUAAUUUUGAAGAGAAAAACUAUCGUUUUAGCGGAAUUGCAUUUUAGUUUAAAGAAACUAUAUCGCUUCAUCCACUUGGUGUGCCAUUGCUUUUCUGACGGGGGGAAAAUAAUUUCAGGUUAUUAUCAAUGUUAGUGAUCGCACUAGAUCAGCAAACAACAGAUCAUGUAACUUAACCCUUUUGAAAAAUUUAAC